CACUGAGUGCCUAGAAGGAAAGUGGACACCCAGAACCCACGUCCUGGAUGGUUCCCAACACCAUAGAGAUGGUCCUGGGUUUCCAUCCAAAUCUUUCAGCUCCACUUGAGAUAAGAGGGGACUCCUCCAGGGAUUUGGACCAACUGUGGGUUCCCAGGCCUCAAAGCUCAGCACCUCUCACACUUAAGGAAGGACACCAAGUAACACUGGCCCCUCCUGCUCAGAGCUGCUUCCUCUGGCCCCUGAGCGACCCAGGCCCUAUCACAGUCCUAACUCCCCGAGCUGGAGCUUGGCUCCCACUAGGACACAGGGAGGAAAGGAUCAAAGAAUAGGUGCUUCAGUGGGUGGAGUGAGGGAGGGGCAUGGACCCAGCACACCCAGGUGGCAGAAAGAACUGAGGUCACAAAGACAGAAUAUGGUGUCAGAGUUGGGGUAGGGUUCCCCCGUAGCUCCCUGGAGCUGAUGUAGAUCCAACACCCCUCACCCUCAGCCCUACUCCAUCUCAUUCCAGAAACCCAGACCUUGGUGCUGGGGGUGGGGGCUUCCAGGAGGUGCUAGCUAGCAUCCCCCAUCUUCCAUUCCCCACUCAAGCACAGCCUUCAUUCAUUUCUUCAUUAGUUCAUUCAUGUCUAUGGGUGACUUGUCUGGAGCCAGGAACUGAGAGUAAGCAGAAAAACAGCCCAGCCGAAGUGAACGAAGACGCAGAGAAGAAAUGAAGACCCAGGAAAAGAAUGGGAUGACAGGGGCACAGGAGCUGAGAACUCUGCUAGCAACUGCGAGGACGGCUGGGCAGGCCUGGCAGCUGAAGAUUAGCCAGUGCUGGAAGGGUGGCCUUGGAAUGCGAUGUCUGACCAGCUUUCCUCUCUGAGGAGACUCAAGGAGGACUCGACCUGGCCUGAGCCUGUGUUGCCCCUGCCCCUUCUCCCCCUGCUCUGACUCCCCACAAGGGUUGGCCUCUUCUUCCAGGAAGUCUAUUUCCACUUCUCUGCUGGUUCUGAGUGUCUUGGGGGCUCUACUACAGGAGGGUGGGUCCUAAUCCAAUGACAGUGUUGUUGUAAAAAGAAGAUUUGGAUGCAUGCCAAGAAUGCCUUGUGCAGCGGGAUGCAGACAAGUGAUGGAGCUGCAGUCCGAGGAAUGCCCAGGGCCACCAGAAGCAGGAAGGAGCAGGGAGAGACCCCUCUUUUGAGGCUUUGGAGGAGUACAGCUCUGCUGACACCUUGGUUUUUGAUUUCUUGGUUCUAGAAUUGUAAAAGAAUAAAUUUAUUUUGUUACAAUCCACCCAUUUGUGGUCAUUUAUGACGCAGCUCUCAUAAAACCAGGUGCCCUCCAGAUCUGCAGGGGACCACCGUUUCUCACCCUGCAGUGGCCAGGCCCCUCUGGUGUGUCCACACCUGCAGGGCUGGCAAGUAUCAUGGUGCCCCACCCAGAGACAGACAGCCUAGCCCCCCAGAUGCACAGGAUAAGGGUGUGCAGAAGGAGCUAGUGGGGAGUGAGGGCUGGCUAGGAGAGUAGGGCCGGCCAGGAUGCCAUUCUGAGGGAAAACAAGAGCUCUACCAUGCUCCUGACCUCAGCCAGGCAUUCCUGGGGAGGGGGGAGAGUCACUUCCUUCCAUGUGUGUUUACCCAAAGUGACCCUGUCCUUCCAGAAGAGGUCAGGCAGCGUCCCCCACACACCAAAGCUGGGAGGCUCUUCCACAGGUGGACUGGAGCCUGGGGAGGGCGCUGGUUCUUUGCCUCCGCCUGAGGCUGAUGAGCAACCUGCGGCUAAUGGAAUGAAAAUUCAUCGUGCGUCAUCCUUGGCGCAGAUCACGCGGCUCUCCGAACGGGGGGUGGGGGUGGGGGUGCAGAAGUCGCUGCUUGGAGGCAGAAAUGAAAAAUAGCUAUCGAAAAUAAAUAUAAACCGCCUAGUGAUCGCUCGGAGGCGAUUGAACAGGGAAAGGCGGGCGAGGGUCGCAGGACCCUGUGAGAGAUAGGGCAAUUGGAAGGGGGCGUGCACCAAGGAACAGCGUCCGGAGCCUUCACACGCGCACUUCCGAGGCACACCAGCCGUUUACAGCGGGGGCUCAGCCCUGAGACAGGCCGCCCAGGACCCCCAUUCCGGCAGGAAAGGGGUCUUUCCUCUGAACCCCACCUCGGGUCCUCUGGGAGCCAAAAGUGAACUCUAGCUAGCCUGACGUGGCAAGCAGACCACUUUACUUCCUCAAGGGUUCCCACGGCAACAGAGCAGCCCCCCCAAAGCCAGGUCUUAGAGGUGGAAAAUAGUUGGGGGGGCGUGUAGAUCCCCUGCAUCUGGUUCUAGACCCUCGUGCUGAGAAGGGGGUCUGUGUGCAAUUGCUUACUCUCCUCUGUUCACACCAUAAUAUUCCUCUCAGUCACUGCGUCAUAGGGACCUAAUGGGAAGGCAGGCUGGGCUCAUUCACACAGCUCUGUAAAAUUGGGAACGGGGUGUCCCGACCCUUCCCACUGACACCGGCCCGACCCCCGUCCACCCUGUUCUGUAAUCUUGUCUCCUGUGCGUCGUCUGCCCAGUACCCCAACUCGCCAUGCAUUUCUAUUGCAGCGUAAUUGCAUCUCUCCUCUCCAAGAUUUGGUGACUGCGUGUGCAUAGUAUGCUAACAGACGGACGGAUGGGGGUGGGGACCCUUGGUUGAAAGUCCACGGAAGCUGGGCUAGAGGUCAUGUCACAGCCUUGCUUUCGCACGCAUCACCCACCACCUUGAGAUGCUGCGUCACAAGGGGAGGCGCGCACCGCAGGGCGCGGGCUUGUGCAGGCCGGGCACGAGCACGAGCACGAGCACGAGCACGAGCGCAAGUGCGUCGCAGCGCGCUACUGCAACAGCCGAGGGCCUGUCCCUGCCCCCGCACUUCCCCUCCCGCCUGCUGCAAACACCUAGCGCUCUCACCCCUUGCCCUACAGCUGGUUGUCUCUGGGUGCAAGGCCCCAGGAGUUGCGUGGUCUAAGCAAACUGGGAGCAGGCACAGGUGCCGGCGGCUUCCCACGUACCAGCCACCUGUGGCCGCGCAUCCAGCACUUCCGCAGGUGGUUCUGGAAGAAUACCACUUCCUACUUUCUAUCUACCUCCUGCCUGCCACACAGCCACCCCCAUCAUGCCUCCACCCCCAUGCAGGUAGCAGAUCCUCGGUGCUCCGGUCUAAGGCCAGUUCUGUUGCUCCCCCUUCUUCUGACUCCUCUUCCCUCUUCUCCGCACUCAGAUACAGCUGACCAAGAGUUGGACCCGGUGCUCCCUGCCCACCUUGGGGACACACAACUCCCACUGGCUCUCUCAGACCUGCAGGGGUGGAGCCAGUUCACAGGGAGAGGGUUGAAGUCACUGUGGGCCAGGCUCUUCCUGGUUACCUGUCUGGUGGCUGUGCUGUUGCAGCAGGCUGGUGCAAUCCCAGCACCCCAGGUACCUGACAAGACCAAAGGCAAGCACUCAGUCCCUGAGCAGGACACAGAGAAGACCUGGAGCAACCACGCCUUGCAGCCUCUGGACAAGGAUGACCAGCUGGUGGAUCUUCUCCAAGUGCCAAAGCCAAAGCUUGCAGCCAUUGAGAAGCCAGGCAACAAAGCUUGGGUGGAGACUGAAGACAUCCUGAGCCGUUUUCGGAGACCCCAGCAGGGUCCUGAGCCUGACCUUGACAGUCUAUACCAUCCUGCAGACGAGGAAAUCCAGGUCAAAGAAGAGCCCUUUUCAUGGGCAAUGCUCUCUCGCCAAGUGCUUCAGGGGCCGGAAGAGGACCUAGACCACAUCUACCACCCCGUGGAGGAGUCCUAGGGCCCUGAACACCCUCAUACUCCUAUCCCAUGGCCCAGGCUGUCAGGACUGACAACCCUUCCCAGCUAGAAAAAUAAACAUCUGCAAACAGAA